AUGGAAGAAGUUGGCUGUGAGUAUUUUGAUGAUUUAGUAUCUAUGUCAUUUUUUACAAAGAUAAAGACUACCAAGACAGGUAAAUUUAUUUUUGUCAUGCAUGAUCUUAUAGUUGAUUUGGCUAGAACUAUUUCUGGAAAAUACAGUUGUUUGUUAGAGGAAAAUGAUGACAUUGAUAGGCUUGAGAAGAAGACACGUCACCUUGGAUGUGAUAUGGAAAUUUAUAUUGAUAACAAAAUAUCUAGCUAUGAUUUUGAAGCUACUCAUUUGCGAACCUUUUUAACAUUUGAUUCAAGAUAUUCUGAAAUCAGUAUUUCUAAGGAAGUAGUGCAGAAUCUGCUAUCGAUGUUGAAAUGUUUAAGAGUAUUAUCUUUUCGUGGUCUUCAUAUGAAUGAGUUAUCUAAUUCAAUCAGUGAACUGAAACAUCUUCGCUAUUUAAAUAUUUCUGGCACCAAGAUUAGUUUGAAAUUAGAAGAUUGUGAUCAACUUGAAACUUUGCCUAAAGAUAUGCAUCAUCUCAUUAAUUUAAAACAUCUCGUUGUUAGUGGAGGUAGCCUAGUUGAGAUGCCAAGCCAAAUAUGCAAAUUAAGAAAUCUCCAAAUGUUGACAACUUUUGUUGUGGGAAAGAAUAGUGGUGCUAAAAUAGAAGAGUUAGUAGAACUUCAAAGUCUACAUGGGGAGCUUUCCAUCAUGAAGUUAGAAAAUGUGGUCAUUAUUACAAAAGCAUCAGAUCAAGUUAAUGUAUUGGAUAAGAAGCAACUUGAGAAAUUGUGUUUGGCAUGGAGUUUUAAUGAUGUUGUUGAUCCAAAACAUGGAGAGGGUGUGCUCAAAAUCCUUUCACCAAACACAAUGUUGAAGCAACUCAAAAUUCUUAAUUACUCAGGCUCUAAAUUUCCGAAUUGGGUUGGGAAUGAUUCGUUUAGCAACAUUGUUGAAGUAAGGGUUGAUGGUUGUGAGCGUUGCUCCAUUUUACCACCCUUUGGGCAACUUCCUUUGCUAAAAGAUCUUUACAUUUCAGGAUUCAAUUCAGUAGUGAUGGUGGGUGCUGAGUUUUAUGGGAAUAGUUCUGUCAAGAAGCCAUUUUCAUCAUUGGAAACAUUGAGAUUUGAGAACAUGCCAUCAUGGGAGCAAUGGCAUUCAAUGCAAACUGAAGAGGCAACGACAUAUGGGAAGCUCAAAACACUUGAAAUUUUUAAUUGUCCGAAGCUUGUUGGAGAUUUGCCUCGCUUCUUUCCUUCAUUAGCGGAUAUUAGAAUUCAAGGAGACAAGAAAUGUGAAUUAUUAAGUCUCCCAAGAUGA